ACACAAUCAUCGCUUUACUCCUCCUCCUGCAAACGCGCAUUCCUUUUGCACCAGCCUCUCCACACCCCCCGCCCCCCACCUUUCUCCUCCUCCUCCUCUUGCUUCUCUCUCUCUCUCUCUCUCUCUCAUUUGUUAAAGCUCUCAUACCACUGCAACAGCACCACGACUUUUUUUUAUUAUUUUAAAUAGAUCUUCUUUCCGCCCUUUGGGCAAAUCCCGCAUCCCCCCCCCCCACGUACACACCCCUCGAAAACCCGCCCUGGAAGAGGUAUUUCGGUGCUCGCUGCGGACUCUUUAAACCGCGGGAACCUCCGAGUGGGAGAAGCACUGAGCCGGACUGGGCCGGAGAAAGGAACGAAUGGAAAAUUCCCUCACACCCAGGCCGCCCCGGGGCCCAGGCUGGGGCGCCGACUCUCGCACCCCGGGCGGGCGCGGUCCGCAAUGCCCGCCGGCUGAAGGGAGGAGGGGGAGGCGGGGGCCUGAGCGAACUUGGUCUCAAGUAGUUGGGGCGCGCCGGCGCGGAUGGGGGCGGGGCCCUCCGGGGUCUCCCUUGCGCAGGCCCGCGUCCCGGGGCAGCUCCGCAGAAGCGGCGCGCCUCGCCGCGGUUUGCCGCCCUCCGUGGCGGUGCCCGGUGCACGUGGCCUCGCUCGGAGCGGGAGGACCGGGCCGAGCUGCCGCCGCCGCCACCGCCUCCGGCGCCUCCUCCUCCUAUUCCUCCUCCUACCGCGGCUUGCUCCGCUCUUUUCCUCCUGCAGCCCCUCUGGCUCUCCCCCAAUCCCUACCCCCCCCCGGGGCCCGGGGCGCCGGCGGAAAACGGCUCCCGCCCCGCCUGGGUGCAAGCAGGGUGGGGCCGCGGCGCGCCCGGGGCUGCGGGGCGGGCGGGCGGGUGGGCGCGCACGCGAGCGGGGUGCGUGUGCCGCUCCAGCCCUGCAAAGGCGGCCGCGCCCGCCAAGCUCCCGCGCGAAGCCCCGCCCCCACCCCGCCGCCAGCCGCGGGCCCCGAGUGAAUGAACUUGAUUUCGGAUAUUUGGAGGCCGGCGGUUUGCCUUGCACCCUUUCUGCGCGCGCGCGCGCGCACGGGCACUGGCACACACAGACACACACUCUCACAUACACACCCCGCCCCCCAAAUUCCGGUUUUCGGCCAGGGGUGGGUGGGGAAGAGGUGGAAGCAAAGGCUGUGCAGACAAUGGAGAGAGGAAAAGUGAGUGCCAGGGGCUCCGCGUCUACCUAGCCGGGGGCCGCGGAGAGGACUUGACGGCCCCAGCCCCGGGGCGGGGCCGCCCCCACCUCCAGCUGUGCUCUGAUUUCCCUUUCCUCUUUUCCUCGCUUCCCCCCUCUCGAUUUUUCCCCUCAACUUUCUCCUCUCUCUGUCUCUCCGGCUCCUGCCCACCUCCCCCCACCCCUUUAUCACCCCACCCCGAGGACCCGAAGGAACCAGUGACUUUUUCCUUCAGCAAGUGGGAGUUAUCCACAUCAAGCAUUUCACAACGACACAUCAAGAAAAGUAGGCAGGUUCAAGUCAACCAUGAAAUGGUCACUUUUUAACCCCGUCCUGUCCUCAUUAGGGAAAUGCUCAAACACAGUCCGUUUUCAAAGAGCACUCUUAAUGAGGCGAGCCUGCCAAGUCCACCAGCUGCAGGCCCCGUAAACCAAGAGCCCAAAGAAAAAAAGCACUGGCGAAAGAGGGGGAGUUGAGAAGGCCAGGGGUGGAGGUGGGGGGAGCGUUGGUUCUGGGAAGACAGGUAAAGUCGGGAAAAUUUAGAGAACUCUCCCGAGUUAACCCUUUAGGGCACACACCACCGGGAGCGGCCUCCCUGCUCCCCCCGGAGGCAAAUCCUCCAGUCAGGUCUCUGACAACCUUAAUUUCCUUUGUGUGGGUCAUUUCUUCUUUUUUGAAAAGCCAGGAUAAACUUGAUCGUCUUUAUAGAUGAAAGAAAUGAGGUGACAGUCCACGUUAUAAAUACUCAUUUCUCUCUCAGAAAAUUUUAGGCGAUCUCAUGCUAGAUUUAAAAAAAAAAAAAAAACACAACAAACCCAAAGCAUCACUUUGUAUUGCACAUUAUGCUGCAUCCCUUUUCUCACCCUCAUACCAGAGUCUGAGGGGAGGGGGGCGGGGAAGCGCUACUGAUAAUACCAGCUUUAACUACUGGAGUUUCCCUUUGAACAAAUAUUCAAUUUAACCGGAGUUAAUUUACCAUAAAAGACAUUCCCCUUGGCACGAAUGCACUCCUGUCCUUGAACACACCUCUUUGAAUGCCUGAACUCGUACAGAAGCCAUUAUUUCGAGGUCUCUUUAAAAAUCAAGCGCCCAUCUCUCUCUUUCUCUCCCUCCCUCUCUACUUCCCUCCCUCCUCACCACACCACCCCCAGUGAAAUCCUGGCACCCAGAGAGCGCUUCGUUCAGCCAGAGAUCUAGAACGAGCCGCUGUCCCCUAGCAAAAGAGGCCCAGUGCUGAGCCCUGGGCAAGUGUCUGCAGACAACGCUACCCCUCCUCCCUUAUUAGUUUCCCUUACCAACAGAAACGGUUUCCUUUUGCCACCCAAACUAGGUCGCAUCCUAAAGUUUCUCACAAGCUUAAAAAAGAAAAAUGAAAAAUUGACAACUCUUACACAGAAGAGGCCACAAAAGCUGCAGCAGCGCCAGGGGUGAAGAAGCAGCGACAGACCCAGGUCUGCACGACACUUGGAAGAUAGAUCACUUCCCAUCAUGCAAGGGAGAAAAUGAAGCUCUCUACUGGUCUUUAUCAGAGAAGCUAAAAAUUCCCCCUCUCUUUUCUGCAAGUUUCCCAAACCCCAUGACUCUGAUUUCCAGGCCAGAGAGUAAGGUUUAAUUUUUAUUACUCUUUAUACUUUGCAUAUGGAGACUGCCUGAACAGCACUGUGAAGUACUAGUUAUUAUGAGCCUGUUGUGGGCAAGGCCAGGCCUUGGUGUGACAAGAAAUUCAAUCACACCUGCUCAGUGAUCUGUGGGCCCCAAGUCAGCUCCUAUGUUCUCCUGACAAACAGCGCCCUCCCCCGCCCUAGAGCUGGUGAGCAGACUCCUUCUUUGGGCUGAGCCAGUCCCAGGAUUCUUAAGGGGUUGGGGUAGUGACCCCAAAUUUAACAGAACUGGAAUUCUGUAUGUGGCAUUUCUAUUUCCAUUCCUAAACGGUAGGGAAGGAGAACGAGCAUGUGGAAAAUAAGAAACCUCGUUAAAAAUUUUAACUUAAAAGACCACUGGGUUAAGAGAAAUGAAAAUUAUGUCCAUAUAAAAGCUUGUCCACAAAUGUCAUAGCAACAUUAUUCAUAAUAGCUGAAAAGGAGAAACAGUUCAAAUGGCCGCCUGGCCACCAACUAAUGAGUGGAUAAACAACAUGUGGUAUAUCCCUACAAUGGAUUACUAUUUGACAAUAAAAAGGAAUGAAAUAUUGACACAUGCUACAACAUGGAUGAACCUUAAAACAUUAUGCUAAGUGAAAGAAGCCAGCCACAAGGGAACACCUAUUGUAUGAUUCCAUUUAUAUGAAGUUCCUAGGCUAGGUAUAUCUAUAAAGACAAAAAGUAGACUAUUGGUCACCAAGGGCUAUAGGUCAGGGUGGAGACAUUGGAAGAUGACAGUUGAGUGGGUCAGAGUUUCUUUUGGCGGGUGAUGAAAACGUUCUAAAAAUAAUUGUGGUGAAGGUUGAACAACUCUGUGAAUGUACCGAAACCAUUGGAUUUUGCACUUUAAAUGGGUCAAUUGCAUGGUGUGCAAAUUAUGUCUCAAUAAAGCUGUUAAUCUUUUUUUAAUGAUACUCUAAAAACGACCAUUGGUUUAUGUAUUUUUCUGAAGUUGCUCACCUUGGGAUAAAUGUGUCUAGGCUUAAAAACAGAUCGUAUGAACUAAGUAAAAUGAGAAUGUGGAAACAGUGAUUUUUCUCCUAGGUAGAGAGACUGAUUUGCAAAACCAUGUGUAGCCACAACAGUUGUACCAGUAAAUGUUUUGGACUUUGCUGAACAUUUUUCUCCUUAGCCUGAAAUCAUUAAUACCUGUUUGAAUGAUGAUACGGAAGUGGCUUUGUUGUUUUUGUCUUUUCCAUAUUCCUUUCCCUUUCCUAACUAAUAGCACCCCGAUUUUCUCUUAAGGACCCACCCACCUCAUUUUCAGUCCGUGUGGUUGGCAUGUUGCUGCCCCUGUGCCUUAGGCUGUAUGACUCCGACCUGAUCAAUUAGCAAAUUCUACCCAGUGGUAUUGGAGCUGGCUCAUACCAGCUCAUCUGAACCAACCAGUAAAUUUUCAGGAAUUU